AUGUCUUUCCACUUUCUCUUCCCCAUUUUCAUGUCGGCUUUGACACGACUCAGUUUCCGUUGGGCCUACUUGGUGAGUGGUCGUUCCCACAAGGUACGUAGCGAUAAAAACUCUUCCAAUGUUCACGCGAUACAUACCAUGUAUAGAAAACUGCCGGAGCCAAUGACAAUGAUAGUAACGCGUUUUUGUCAUCAGUCAUUUAUUAAUCCUUGCAAUUGGUCGGUUAAGGGGCACGGAUGGAGUACCUUUGGAGUCGGAAUGGAGACCUUGUCUCAUAGACCAAUCACAAGCACGAUGAUAAAUUAUAUCUCUAUGUAUAGCUGUGAACCUUGGGGUAUGACGAUCAACUCGGGCCCAGAAACUCUCGCCUUUCCUGUGCCCAACAACAUCAAUGGAGCCAAAGGCUGUCGACAACUUCCAGUCACACUUCUCUCGGGGUUUCUGUCAGACCAUGGAUUUAAGAUUGCUGUCGUUGUUAAUGACAUGAGCAGUCUAAACAUAGACGCAACCCUCAUCAAAAACCACCACGUGUCCCAGACAAAGGAAAACCUCAUUCAACUACAAAAUGGAUGUAUCUGCUGCACAUUACGCGGGGACUUGUUGGAAGAACUAGCCCGACUUACGAAGCAGGACGACGUGCAGUAUGUCGUGAUUGAGAGCACAGGGAUUAGCGAGCCAAUGCAGGUCGCAGAGACCUUCACGGCGGAGUUCAGCGCUGCGAUGCUUGAGGCAGACGUUGCUGACGAAGAGGGGAAGAAAAUCCUCAACCAGAUUGUCGAAUUAGGAGGCCUGCAUAAACUAGCCAAACUUGACACAACCGUUACCGUCAUCGACGCCUUUAACCUUCUUUCCAAUUUCGACACAGCGGAGUUUCUCUCUGAUCGCUAUGGCGGAGAGGUUAUUCCUGAAGACGAAAGAACCAUUUCUGAUCUGAUGGUGGAUCAGAUCGAAUUCGCGGACGUAAUUAUCAUCAACAAGGUCGAGACUGUUGACGAGAAAACUCGCGAGAGGAUCAGGUCGAUUUUAAAGCUCCUUAACCCAGACGCCAAGGUACUCGAAACAAGUUAUUCAAAGGUCAAUGUCAAUGAGAUAUUGGACACGGGAAGAUUCAACUUUCUCAAAGCGGCAUCAGGUGCCGGGUGGUUGAGGAGUUUGCACGAAAUGACCAAGAGGGAAACUGGCAAUGGGGAAAGGCUGGCUCCUGUUCCUGAAACCAUUGAGUACGGCAUCAACAAUUUCGUGUACAAAGCUCGACGCCCAUUCCACCCGCGGCGACUUUUCAGUUUGAUACAUGACAAAUUCAUUGUCCUCCAAAAUGUCGAAACACAAGGCGAUGAUGAAAAUGAGGAAGAAGAUAACGGAAAUGAAGCUGAGGACGAGGAAGAGAACGAGGAGGACGACGAUGUCGAAAUGGAGGACUUUUCCCAGCUAGAUCCUCAGGAAAUUCUUUCAAACAGACGCUCUCAUCCUGUCCUCCGUCCCAUUUUGCGCUCUAAGGGCUUCUUCUGGCUUGCCACUCGCCCUUACCAAUUUGGCGAAUGGAGCCAAGCCGGUGGCAUGCUCACCAUUGGGUGUGGUGGACCUUGGUUCGCGGAGGUACCAGACGAGGCAUGGCCGGAAGAUGCAGAUGUAAGAAAGUCCAUUGAGGAUGACUUUCAAGGGCCAUGGGGAGAUCGACGACAAGAAAUCGUCUUCAUUGGGGAAGGGAUUGAAACGGGUGCUAUUACGGACUUGCUAAACGAAUGCUUGUUGAACGAUCGGGAGAUGAAAGUAUGGGAGGGCAUUAUGAAGAAGAACAGAUUAUCUAAAGAAGAGAAGCAGGAAAAGAUGAUGCAGACUUGGGAAGAUGGAUGGGAGGAAUGGCCUUCCUUGGAGGAAGAGGAUGAGCCUGAGCAAGAAAAAGGAAAGCAUCGGAUCAAAUGGGAAUAA